AUGAAAAAGAAAAAGAAACUGACAUCAGAGAAGGACCUGGAUACUUCUACUUUCGUAACACCUCCAGAUAAAUCUCAAAUACGGACCAUGACAAAAUCGAAAGCAAAGGUUAAAUUGAAUAAUUUGACAUAUGCACAAAAGCAUAGUAUCAUGGAUGUUACAUACAGCUCUUUCUUGACGUCGGGUUCCAGCUUCACCUUAAAUUAUUCUUUUUUUAACGUAGGCUUUCCAUUGGACUUGGUGUUUUCGGCCGUCGAUUAUAAGAGCAAAUUAUUGCAAGGAAUUUUCUCAAUAACUCCAAUUAGCCAUAACGAUAACUAUCUAGAUGAGUUUGCCCAACAAGCCUCGCAGAUUAAUAGCUACCAAGAGUUUUUCCUAGGAAUAAAUCCAGAAACUCUGAGUGGGCCUCGUGAUAAGCUAAUUAUGAAGCAAUUGAAAAUUUUAAGAAGCCUAGAUGGGGAAAUUGUACGGGUAAGGACUGAAAAUGGUCGAGUGGGUCCCAAGUUUAGAGCCAAGCUGGUCAAGCCAUUCACGAUCCCUGUUGUAGGGAAAAUCAUUGAUUUUAAGAACAAUGAUUUAAGGUUCCUCACAAAAAUAAGAGAUAAAAAUCAUUUGCCAAUGAGGUGCCUACACUUAGCAAGGACUAAGUCAAAUCGAGUUAGAUUACAACUAUUAGAGUGGAUGAAAAUUCAACCCUUUGCCCAAUUUGAAGAGUCUUUUUUCCUUGAGCAGUUGAAUAGAGUUAAUAAUAACUUAGAAAAUUUUAAAACGCAAAGCGCUAGUGUUCAGAAGGAAACCAUGGAUUUAGCGAGAGGUCUUCGUGAUAGCAUGUAUGAUUUAACUAGGUUCUUUGGCUUCAUCACAAGUAGUGACAUCCCUAUACCACUCAUAGAAAAUGAAAAAUUUAAGAGGAGAAUGUCAUAUACUGAUUAUAAGAAAACUUACUUUCUUCAAGAAUGGGAAAAAAAGCUCACAGACAGACUAGUUAAAUUUGUCACUUGCCAAGAGCAUUGCCUACUUAAUAUCCAGUUGAAUUAUGUUUUAUUCACUUUAACUAUUGACAUUUGUGAAUUUCUAAACAACCAUAUUGAAUAUAAACUCAAUUUUGUUUCAGAUGAACGGAAAAAUAAAUACAGAAAACAGCUCAACAAGACCCGUCAUUACAAAUUAACAGAUUCAAAGAAGACUAUAUUGCUUUGUUCCUUAGAUAGAAAAACUGGCCGGAUAGAGAUACAAAAUACCAGAGCAUUGCUUGAUUACAAAAAUGUAUAUCAACUUGAGAAACAUGCAAACUCAAGGUCUAGUAGUGCUGACCAUGAUGAUGGUGGUCUCUUCCAUCGUUUUUUCAACGGGUUGCUCAAUGAAUCACCCCCUCCUGAAGGGUCUUUUACUGACCCUGAUUUGUUAUCUGAUGAAAGUGAUGAAGAAGUGGAAUGGGAAGAUCCAUACCAUGAAGCAUCAUUAGAUACUGUAUUAAAAGGAUUUUAUAAGAAGACAAAUAGUGGUAACGUUUCAUUCGGCGGUGGUAAUCUGGGCUACAGUAUCGUUUAA